UCGCAAAAAUCAGGGACCCAGUUUCGGUAGCGAUUUCUUCGUCACGCGAACAGUAGGCGAGAUCGCCUGCGCAAAUCAUAGAUUUCAACUUAUCGAAUUGUAUACACUGUAAUUCAAAUAUGUUUGUCUAUACUUGAAAAUUAAUAUUUGUGGUUCUUUUAUAUAGCCAGGUAGAAACGACUCCCCUGAUACUAGGCAGGGGAAAAACGCCAUCGCGGGCGACUGCCCAUGUCCUUUCGCGCCAAAGUCCAGGCCAGAUGGGCAAGCGCCCGAUCAAGCUCACGGCGAAGAUGAGUGGCGCGGGAGGCCUUGGCAGUCGUCUGCGUGGCGGCAAUGUGCGGCGUGGUGGCAUCGCUGGCGGCCGUGCAUUGCAGGCGGUCGGUGGCAGCAAUACGCGAGGUGUGGACUCCCCGGAAACCGUCGCGGUUGGCGACGAUCAGCCUGCUCUUAAGACCGGAACGGAUGUGGUCGGCCUUGCUCCGACUGCUGUUGCUGAACCUAGUGGCGAGGUCGGCGAUGCUGCACCCAUGGGCGUCCAAUUGAAUGCGGACGACUUUAGUGAUGAGGAGGAGGAGGAACAGUGGGCUCCGAGGCAGGAGGAAGGUGCUCGCCCCAUUAAACCGUCGGUGGCGCACCGCGUUCUGUGCCUACAUCCCAGCGCACGGCUGUUCAGUCGGGCGAAAGAGGACUCCUGCAAUCCCUGGCCACCGAUCUGCGUGCUGCACGUGAAAACGCCCUCGGUGCGUCGCGCAAGCGCAGCUACCCGACCGUCACUGAACGGCCAGGUCUGCGAUAUGGUUCUCCACACCUCCUUGAGCGGUAUUCCUCUCAGGGAUCAGAUUCUCAUGCGGCAGCUGCCAGCCUAUGGGAAGGCAUGGAACAAAAAAAUGGAGCUCGCUGUGGUUGUCGCCAUGUUCCGCCAGCCUGACGACCAGUCAAGCGUCUACCCGUCGGAGAGCUUGAUGAUGCAGUGCCUGAUUGGAGUGUGGGGUGAGGCGAAGGGUCCAGCGCUGGGGGCAGUGAUGAUGUACUGCCCAGCGCGUGCGGGUUCUGCGAAGCGGAAGCCCAACGAUUGGCGGGCGCGGCUCUCCAUGUUCGGGCGCCGGGUUUUCGCUGAUGCAUUUGGGCUGGCGUGUGAGGCGAACCCGCGCCUCAAAUUCGACUACAGCGAGUUGGUGUGCGACGAGGAGCACACCCCCACCCAGGGAGGUCUCCUCCGCUGGCACAUUGCGGAGGAGAUCCUCCGCCCUUUCGCCACCGCCUUGUUCGACCUCAUCGUCCGCAACGCCUUCCAGAAGGGUGCGGGUGGGUUGGCCACGGUGGUGAAGGCGUACCACAUCGCCUACAUUCUCUACCUGGUCGAGUAUGCUGUCGUGCACCACAAGGCCCGGGGGAAGCAUAUCCCCACAGAUGCCUGUGUCAACGCUGAUGACAUCGCCACCUACCACCGCAAGGUGAAGGCGGCUAUUCGCAAGACUCUCAAGGAGUCUUCUGACGACCAGCUCCCCGCCUGGGACGAGAAGCACCAGGGCUGGGUUAUUCGGGCCCACGGGGACGGUCAUCAUCUCGGGCAGCGGGUUCCCGGACCUGGUCCCCGAAGGUGCUGACCCUGAUGAUGUGGAGAAGGCAGCAGUCAUGAGCCUGUUCGAGAUUGCCCAGAUGGAGCCGCAGAAGGGCAAGAAGAGGAAGACCAGCCAGGGCGCCGCCACCUUGGAGCAUGAAGUUCUCGACGAUGUGGGCGAGUGGGUGGAGGCAGAGGAUAGCA